AUGCGCAUCGGUUUCUUUGCUGCACUUUUUGCCGGAUCCGCUCUCAUAGCAUCAGCCUCUCCAGUCCCUACGCCGUUGGAUGCAUACGCAAUGCACCGUACCAUGCGAGAUCACCACCAAGGAGAGGCAGACUAUCAUCUAUUCGCAGCAGGGCACCACGCAAGCCGUGCACAGUCUAAUGCCGCCAAAUACCGAGCGGCACAGCGGAGGUUUGUGUCCAAAUCUAGGGCGACCGGCGCCGUGCUCGCAAUCACCAGCUCCUACACGACCACCAUGUACGACAAGGGAAUUCUCAUCUCCGCUUCCACGAAUAUCACCAGGGCCAGGCUGACAUUCAUGCUUCACAUCUUCCUCCUGGCCAGCGUCGGAGCAUAG